UACUGAUAUCCACUUCAAUACGAGAGGAAAGUGUUUGAGGUAAUCAUGUCAAUCUUUGGUCGUUAUUGGCGAAUUUUGUUCAUUUUUCUGUGUUUUAUUGGAUUAUUGCAAUUUGUCACUUAUUAUUUCUUAAUAAAAACAUCCGAGACUUAUGAAGUUGCUAGCCAGACAUUUCAUUCUCGCUCAACUUUGCAAAAAGAUACAAACUUGGAGUAUAGGAUAGACGAACUUAGUAUGCAUAUAAAUGAAUUAGAAAAUGUCAAAUUGUCAUUGAAGAACGAACUUCGAGAGCUUGAGGGAAAACGACACAUAUUAUUACGUCAUAUUCAAGAGCACACCAAUAAUAUAGAAUCAAUUCAGUUUAAAGCUACCAAUCUAAAGGAAGAAGUCAGUCGCAGACAGCAAGAAUUAGAAGAUUUGCGCUUUGAGAAGACAAUUGUUAAUAACUGUCCACAGCUACCAUUUUUAAAGCCAGCAAAAGACUUCCACUCAGUUCUUUCCAAAAGCUCAAAAUUAUAUCCUGGAGCUUCCCUAGAGGAACAAGUACAAUGUACCCUAUCAAGUUGCUUAAAUUUUCAACAGUGCUCUUUUGGAAAGGAUUUUCAUGUAUAUGUUUAUAAACCAAAGUUAACUAUGAAGGAAAGUUUGUCUGUUGAGAUUUACCAUUUGUUUAAGAAGAUGGCUUUUACUGUUUUGUCUAAAAGCACGGUGGCUUGUAUAUAUGUUGUUUUAAUUGAUGAAAGCUUCCUCUCUUCUAAAGAUGUAGAACUGUUUCUUCAUAAUUUAGAAUUCUGGCAAGGCGAUGGACACAAUCAUUUUAUAUUUAAUUUUGGAGUCAGUAAAUUAUUAAAGGGAGUGGACACUGGUCGAGCAAUGAUUGGUCAAAUUGAUUUUGAUAUUACAAAACCUUAUCGAAGGAAUUAUGACAUUGUUGUACCUUCUGUUCUCAACACAAUAAAUUUUGGAGAAGCUUGGCAAAACUCUGCUCGUCAGCUACCUGCACAUCGCAAGUACAUUCUCAGCUUUGAGGGACAAUAUCAAUUCUUUCAAACUGACAAGUAUAAAGAUUCUUAUAUAUCCAUACAUGAUCUCAAACAACUACCUUUAGAGAUGAAGGAUGCAUUUAUUAGACUGUCAUGCAAAAUAGAUGAGCAAUACAAAGCUUUAAAAAGUGGUUGGGGAUUGUGUGAAACACAGGAGUCAAGGGCAAAAGUAUUAAAAGUUUCUACGUUUGCAUUAAUACAUCAGCCAGAAAAUGUUGAUCAAACUUUCACAAUCAUACGAUUUACAGAGGCUUUACAAUAUGGUGCUGUACCAGUCCUCAUUGGGAAAAAUAUUGUGCUACCAUUUGAGGAGGUUAUUGAAUGGCGUCGUGCUGCAGUUAUCUUGCACUCAGCACAGCUUCCACAAAUUAAUUAUAUCUUGCAUACAAUUCUUGUAAAUGACUUACUAGACAUGAGAUGGCAAGGACGUUUUUUGUGGGAAACUUACUUGUCUACAAAGAAGAAUGUCUUAGCAUCUACAAUGGCUGUGAUCCAGACACGUUUGUCAUUAUCAAGCACGCCAGUUUCAGAUAUUCACUACCCAGUGAUAUUUAAAGAAGGCCAAGAGCCAACAUUUUAUAAGACCGAGAAAAGUUUUAGAAAAAGUGCGCUUAGAUCCCCAACAUUUUAUCGAAACUUUACAACAAGCAACAUUUAUGCAAUAAAAAGAUGGAACUCAUAUCCUGGUGCAUUGUUAUCAUAUCCUAGCUCCCCAUUUGUUCCUAUAUUACCAUCAUCUGCUGCAUUUCUUAACUCAUCCAUUGGCAUGCAGCCUAUUGGUAAAGGAGAAGGUGGUGCAGGGAUUGAGUUUCAGAAAGCUUUAGGUGGGGAUUAUCCAUAUGAAGAAUUCACCAUUGUUAUGUUGACAUAUGAACGUGAAAUGGUGUUGGUGGAAGCUCUGACACGUUUGACUGGCUUACAAUAUCUUCACAAAGUUAUUGUUGUUUGGAACAGUCCCCGUGAACCUGCUGUGUUGUUAAAGUGGCCAAAUAUUGGUGUUCCUGUUAAGGUUUUACGUGCACAAAUGAAUAGUCUCAACAACAGAUUUCUUCCUUUUGACGAAAUUGAAACGGACGCAGUUUUAUCUGUUGAUGAUGACGUUCAUUUAAGACAAGACGAAAUCCUGUUUGGUUUCAGAGUGUGGCGUGAGGCUCGAGAUAGAAUUGUUGGUUUCCCUGGUCGUUUUCAUGCAUGGGAUAUGAAGAAUGCUGAAUGGUAUUACAAUUCUCAUCACUCUUGUGAAUUGUCCAUGGUUCUUACUGGUGGUGCUUUCAUUCAUAAGUACUACAUGUAUUUAUAUACAUAUGUGUUACCACAAGCCAUACGAGAUAAAGUUGACGAGUAUACAAAUUGUGAAGAUAUUGCAAUGAACUUUCUUGUUUCACAUGUGACAAGAAAACCUCCUGUUAAGGUAACAUCUCGCUGGACAUUCCGAUGUCCUGGUUGUCCUAAUGCUCUUUACCAAGACGACGCUCAUUUUAAUGAACGACAUCGCUGCAUCAACUUUUUUGUCGAAGUGUUUGGCUACAUGCCUUUACUGCGAACCCAAUUUCGUGCCGACUCAGUGCUUUUUAAAACUCGUAUACCACAGGAUAAGUCAAAAUGUUUUACAUAUAUAUAAAAAAUUGGAGCGUAGUGGAUCGAACUUAAAAGUGAAUUAUCCACUCGUGUUCACAACAAAUGAAUUAAUGACAUCAUGGCUUAGGACUGCCCUGAUGAAUAGAAAUUUGGAUUUGUUAAUGGCAAUUCAAAUGAAAUUAAUGGUCAGAUGUUUGAAUCUUUUCUUUCACCUUCAUUUUAAUAGAAAAAUCUAUAUAGAGGUUUUUUCGAAAAUUUUGAGCUACGGAUGCAUUGAAAAGCGUGGAGAUGAAAAGAAAAUCAUGUUAUUUCAGUUGAUAUAUAAUUUCUAUAGGGGUUAAACAACCGUCUGUAUAGGAAUAAUUGACACUGUAUAACAAAACGGAUUUUAUAUAUCUAAUAUCUUAUUGCAUUACGUGAAAUUUUUACUGACUGAAAUUUUAGAGGAUCUGAAUGUUUUAA